GCCUUUAAUAAAUAUAAUAUUAUACGAGGUAAUAUUACGGUGUUAUAUUUAUUACAUAACUUCAGGGUACUUAGGCAACCCAUAAUUGGUGACCUCGACCUUCGUAAAGGGAUAACACAAAGUUUUUUUUCGAGUGUUAACGUUAAACAAAAUGACGAACGGUGACGCGGGUGCGAAGGAGAAUGCUGCCGCCGAGGUACAUUCCACGCGGAGUUUCAAAAUACCAGCGUUUUGGAGAUCCAAUCCCGAGCUAUGGUUUAGGCAAAUCGAGUCUCAAUUUUAUACGUUUCGGAUUACGUCAGACUCCACCAAGUAUCACAAUGUGGUGGCGGCUAUGGAGAGCGAGGUGCUGCAACACGUAAGUGACAUAAUUAUAUCUCCACCCACGAGCGAUAUGUACGAGGCUCUUAAGCGACGAUUGAUCGAACGUUUUUCGGAUUCGGAAGAACUUCGACUUAAAAAAUUAUUAAGUGACAUCGAAUUAGGCGAUCAGCGACCUUCACAUCUGCUUGCCGAAAUGAGAGAGUUAGCAUCGGGGAAAGUGUCGGACGAGUUACUCAAAACUCUGUGGCUGCAACGUUUACCGACACAGGUAAAGAUUAUUCUGACCGCCAGCGGGGACUCGCUAGUAAACCUCGCAUGUAUGGCGGACAAAAUAAUGGAGGUCGCGGGGGUCAGUAAGGAUAAUUUCGGUUGUAUCGCCAGUACAGACAUAAGUCGAACACGGAGCUUCCCGUCAACUAAUACUGACACGCCGUUCGAAAAACUCGAAAAACAAAUCGCCGCGUUAACGUUAAAAGUCGAAAAGUUAACGAACAAUCGGGAACGUUCUCGUAGUCGUAACAACCAUCGUUCGGUUUCAGGUACGUCACGCGCACGUAAUGGCGAUAAGGUUAACCACGAACUGUGUUGGUACCAUUUCAAAUUCGGUGACAAGGCGACAAAGUGUAGAGAGCCUUGUAAGUUUGAAUCAAGUUCGGGAAACUAAAUUGUUCUGCUGUUGUGACGACAAACGGCAGAAAAUUUAUGUCCCGUCGUCUUUUUAUUGUUGAUAAAAAAUCUAAAAUUACGUUUUUGGUUGAUACUGGUGCGGAUUUUUCGGUAUGGCCAGCGAGCCCCCACUACAAACGGUCUGUAAAACACGAUAACAAUUUUACGUUAUUCGCCGCAAACGGGUCGACAAUUAAAACGUACGGUGAAAAAAUAAUUUCAUUAGACGUAGGUUUACGACGCGCAUUUAAGUGGUCUUUCGUCAUCGCCGCGGUGGAUAAACCUAUAAUUGGAGCCGACUUUUUACAUUUUUUCGGAUUAAUGGUCGACAUAAGAAAUGCACGUUUAGUCGAUGAAAUUACAAAGUUAUCGAUCGU